AUGGAAGCAUUGAGAGAGAGAUUGUUGACUAUAAGGAGCACCAGGGUAUAUACUCAAUAUGGGCCUGAAGACCUUCUGAAAUUAUAUGACGAUUUACAAAUUUGUUUGAAAGCAAAUGAUUCAAAAUUAGAUGAAGUUUCUUACUUGUCCUUGAUGGAAAUGCUGUUCAAUGUUGAAGUUUACUUGAGUAAAGAUAUUGAAGCUGAAGUGGUUUAUAAUACUUUAAGGGACGAAUUUGGUGAGAAUUCCCCAUUUUUAUAUGUCAUGAAGGCAACAUUGCUACAGAUAAAUGAAAGUGAUGAGAAAUCUAAGGAAUUUAUUAUUAAAUUAAUUGCAAGUGAAUUAGAAUACAAUACAGAUUCUUUAAGUUAUUUAUUACUACAAAAAAAAUUACUUUCAAUGGAAUUGACUACAUCUAGUCAGGAAAUUGUUUUAGAUAAGUCUUUGAAAUUGGUUGAAAAAUUCCCACUGGAUGCCGAAUUAUGGUGGUUUAUUGGUAAUCUUUAUUUUAAACUGGGGCAGUUCGAUCAAGCGAAACAUUGUUACGAAGAAGUAGUGUUACUUCAACCAUUCAAUUAUGUUGCAUUUGUAAGAAUUUCAGAAAUUCUCUAUUAUAAAGUAAUCCGUUUAAACAAAAAAAUUUCAAAAUCUGAAAGGACACAGAUAUUACAAGAAAGUUUAAAUAAUGCAUUAAGAAGUAUUGAAUUAAAUGAAAUGUUCUUAAAAGGUUGGUCGCUGAUUGCAAUUGUAAGUAAAGCUAUGGGAACGAAAAAGGAUAUUUUGGAAGUAUCCAAGAACAAGCUUAAUGAAAUUGCUAAAUCUAAUGAAUUAAGUGUGCAAGAUGUUAAAACCGCUGAAUUGAUCUUAAAGAACUGUUGA